AUAUCUUUUGGUUCCUUUCCUAGCUACAAAAGAAAGACCAAUGGCGAAACUUAUUUCUUCAAGUCUUUUCAUUUUUCUUUACAUUAUAAGUCGUUUCAUGUCAAUUUUAGGAAAGUUAAAGCCAUGGAAUUCCUCCCUCCCUUACGAAAUCCUCUCCGUUGACAUCGCCGGCCGGUUUCGCGUCGAUUCUCGGGCUACAACUGCCGCCUCCACCGACUUCGGCGGGAUAGUUCAAGAAACUCCGGCGGGGGUUCUCUACCCUUCCUCCGUUGAUGACAUCAUCAACCUUGUUCGCUUCUCCUACAAUUCCCCGUCCCCUUUUUCCGUCGCCGCCAGGGGCCACGGCCACUCCGUGAGGGGGCAGGCCACCGCCAAAGACGGGGUGGUGGUGGAAAUGGGCGCUUUGAGGGGUGGGGGGAAGAUUAGGGUUUCUUGGAGUGAAUCUUUAGGGUAUUUCGCUGACGUCGGCGGCCACGAGCUCUGGGUUGAUGUCUUACAUGCAUGCCUCGCCCACGGCGUCUCGCCGGCGUCGUGGACCGACUAUCUCCACUUGACGGUCGGUGGAACCCUAUCCAACGCCGGAAUUAGCGGUCAGAUGUUUCGCUGUGGGCCACAGAUCAGCAAUGUUCUUGAACUGGAUGUCAUCACAGGAAAGGGAGAGUUUAUCACUUGCUCCAAAGACAUGAACUCGGAGCUAUUUUUUGCAGUUUUGGGGGGAUUAGGGCAGUUUGGGAUCAUCACAAGGGCAAGAAUUGUGUUAGAGAAAGCUCCAACAAGAGUGAAAUGGGUGAGAAUGUUAUAUGAUGAUUUCUCAAAAUUCACAAGAGACCAAGAACAUCUCAUCUCAAUUAAUGGGUUAAACUAUUUGGAAGGUUCUCUUAUGAUGAACCAUACCUCUCCAAAUAACUGGAGAUCUUCCUUCUUUUCCCUCUCCGAUCAAUCCAAAAUUGCUUCUUUGCUUACCCAACAGGGGCUUCUCUACUGCUUGGAAGUCGUCAAGCAUUACGAUGAUCAAACUGGCAGCACGGUCGACCAAGAAUUGAAGGAUUUGCUCAAAGAUUUGAGCUUUGUUCCUGGGAUGACAUUCAAGAAAGAUGCUUCAUAUUUUGAAUUUCUGAAUAGAGUAAGAGGUGAAGAGCUGGAACCACAAGAAAAUGGGCUCUGGGAAGCUACUCAUCCAUGGCUAAACCUCUUUGUACCAAAGUCAAGAAUCUUGGAUUUCAAUUCCGCUGUGUUCCAAAACAUCCUUUUAAAACACAAAACCUCAGGCCCCAUGCUCGUCUAUCCGACAACCACAAAAAUGUGGGAUGAGAGGAUGUCGGCGGUGAUACCAGAAGAGGAUACGUUUUACUGCGUGGGGCUGUUGUAUAGUGGAGGGAUGAAUGGGUGGAAGGUUUUGGAUGAACUGAACCAAGAAAUCUUGAGCUUUUGCAAUAAAGAUGAUGAAGAAGGCAGCAAGAUAAAGCAGUAUCUUCCCCAUUACAGAAGCAGGGAGGAUUGGAUGAAGCAUUUCGGCAAAAAGUGGAACACUUUUCAAGAAAAUAAGGCCAAAUUUGAUCCCAAGAUGAUAUUAUCUCCCGGACAAACAAUCUUUAAUUAAUAAGUAGUUCAUUUUGGUGAUCAUGGACUGCAGGCAGGUUCAUGCAUGGCAAAAAGUACACUUUCUCCUUUCAAAGCGCAUAGGCAUCGUAUACGGUCUAGUUAAAACCAAAAAAGUUAAUAGCAUGUGGCGGAAAAAGAGUUGAAUUUAGAA